AUGGCCCUCAUUGGAAGAACCCAAAUCAUUACUGGAAAAAUAGUGCAGGCAAAACGAAGAUUGGAACUAGAAGAACCUGGACAGCAAUUUCUACCUGAAGGAUUGAGAACUCCAAAGGGAAAAGGCAGAGCGGCAACAAGAAGUCCAGAGAGUCCAAAAACUCCCAAAUCUCCUUCAGAAAAGACACGGUAUGAUACAUCACUUGGUCUUCUCACAAAGAAGUUUAUUCAGUUGUUAAGCCAGUCUCCUGAUGGUGUGGUAGAUUUGAACAAAGCAGCAGAGGUCCUUAAGGUACAAAAAAGGAGGAUUUAUGAUAUUACCAAUGUUCUGGAAGGCAUUCAUCUCAUUAAGAAAAAAUCCAAGAACAACAUUCAAUGGAUGGGCUGCAAUCUAUCUGAUUUCGGGGGCAUGUUGGCACACUGUCAAGGCUUGUCAAAAGAGGUAGCAGAACUCAGCCAGGAAGAAAAGAAGUUGGAUGAGUUAAUCCAAAGCUGCUCUCAUGACCUCAAGCUUCUAAAAGAUUCUGAAGAUCGGAAAUUAGCAUAUGUUAGGUAUGAAGAUAUUCAAGAAAUUAGGAGUUUUAAAGACCAAACUGUCAUACUUGUCAAAGCUCCUCCAGAAACCAAACUUGAAAUGCUUGACCCAGAAAAGAAUAAGCUGAUACACCUAUGUAGUACUCAAGGACCUAUUGAGGUGUACUUGUGUCCAGAAGAAACGGACUACUCCAGCCGAAUAAAAACUCAGGAUCAGGAUCACAAUGGAAAUAUCUCAAGAAACAUUUCCAAAGAUCUGAACUCUGAUAACUCAGGAGGUCCUGACUGUUCAGAAAAUGCAACGGCCAUCUCCCCGUUAGUUUCUACCACUAAUCUUUUGCAGCAGACAGAGGACCAAAUUACUUCAAGUCUUGAUGGGCCAUUUGUAAACUUGUUGCCACCUUUACUUCAUGAAGACUAUCUGCUUGGGCUUGAUGAAGAAGAAGGCAUUAGUGACCUCUUUGAUGCUUAUGACUUUGAAAAAGUACCUGCCUUGAUGGAUGGAUUUUUAUGCAGCUGA